AUGCAUUUUCUACACGCGCUUGUCGUCGUUGUUGCGACGUUGGGUAACAAUGUCGAUGCGAUUGCAGAGCGCGGCUUGGAAGCUAAACCUCAACGCGUGUUGAGGGCCGCGACGAAACGGUCCGAUCUAUAUCGAAGAAGCGUUCGCAUUACCAAAAAGUUUGAGACGGAGAUGGCCUAUGUGGAGAAUGAGAAUGCCUGGAGCGAUGCCUCAACUUUUGCUUCCCAGGUCAAGGUCAGCUCACAGAAGCCAGUCUUCGCCCUCGAGGAGCAUGAACAUCACUUGAAAUCCGUCGAUGUCACCGAUGUAUCCUUUGCCGAGGAUGGAGAAGCACUCGACCUAUCGGUCAAGAAGACAACAUGGCGACAGGCCUUUGACCGCAUGAAUGUAACAUUCGGUCACACCACUGACGACCACAUCGUUCGCCGCCAUGCCGAUUUUGCCAUGACCCGGAGCAAGCGCCAGAACAGGAUUGCCAUUCCCCAGAACAUAUCAGAAGACGUCAACACUGCUCUCUUCGACUUGAGUUCCGAGAUAGUCGACAAGACCUUUGCCUCGAAAGAUUUCCUUGAAAUUCUUGGAGCUGUAGUUCCCCUUCCUGAAGACUUGCCCAUCGCCGUCCCCAUUGAAAUCGGCUGCAAGCGAUGUGCUACCACUGGACAGUUGGCACUCAACCAGGGUGCUUUCAACAUUGACCUAUCGCAAAUCGACCUGAUCCCCGACAUCUUCCAGGGCGGUGACGACGGAAAAGAGAUUGCGAGCGUUAUCUCUGGCGGUUUUGUGGAGCUUGUAGCUACUGGUGUAGGUGCACGAUUGGAUCUAUUUGCACGACCAUCUGCCAACGGCGCGUUCGAAAUUGCUCUAAUUCAACUCCCUAUCGCUGGAUUUGUCAUUCCCGGAAUUGGAAAUGCAGGCGCCGUCUUCGAGCCCAGGAUCGCGUUUGAGUUCGAAGUCAGCGGCGGGCUUGAGGUCAACUACGGACUCGAACUCAAUGUGCCAGAGAACUCUAGGCUUCGGGUCGAGCUCACCGACCUCGGUAGCAGCAGUCUUGUUGGUUUCCAGGACACCACUCUUACUGCUCUGCCCGUCACUGUCAACAUUACAGACGUUGACGUUACUCUUGGUCUUGCCUUCAAGCCCACCAUCCCAGUUGGUUUCGACUUCCUCGGCCAGUUAUCAGCGGAGGUCACUGCUACUUUGGACCUACCUCGCCUGGAUGCAAAGCUCUCGACCAACAUUGCUGAGAACUGUGCUAGUGGCGACAACGCCACUAAUCCAUCUGCACCAUAUGCAAACAGCACUACGCAAUUGUCUCCCGAUCUUAUCCAGCUGGGCCCUAUCGCCUUGGUUGAAGCCAACGUCUCCAUUUCCUGCGAUGUCAGCUUUAACGCCUCGAUUCCGAUCCUGCCACCACCCUUCAACUCCGUCGGGGUUGCACGAAACAUCUUCAAGGCGGAAUUCCCUCUUGUCUCGGAAUGCAAAUCGCCAGAGACUGCUUUCGAUAAUUCAUCGGGUAUUGCCAUUCCUGCACCCCCGGUUGUUGCACCCCCGGUUUUACCCAGUGCCUCCGGAACCGGCUUCGACCACCUUAAUGGCCAGCAGCAGCAGCAGCAACAGCGCGCUCACAAGCUCUUAUGUCAAUUCUAA